AUUGUACACUGCAGGUGCGUCACCCGAAAAGAGAGGAGACUCUUCCACGGGAGUGACCAACCCGAAGCACGGAUGCGCAUCAUGUGACAGCCAGCGAAGCCGUAGCAGCCAUCUUGGAAACUGGAGAGGGACCUCUUCUGCGGAGAAUUAAUGAAUAAAUAGUAAUAAAAAAAAGGCAUUCGUAACAUUUGCAGUCGCACCUGCGCUGCGCUUUAUUUUCAAAGGCAGCGAUGGUUCAGUCGUGUUCGGCGUACGGAUGUAAAAACCGAUAUCACAAGGACAAGAACAUUUCUUUUCACAAGUUUCCUCUUGCGCGGCCUGAUGUGUGUGGAAAAUGGGUCGCCGCGAUGAGACGGAACAACUUCAAGCCCACUAAAUACAGCAAUAUCUGCUCACAGCAUUUCACCAAGGACUGCUUCAAACGCGAGUGCAACAACCGCGUGCUGAAGGAAAACGCGGUGCCCUCGCUCUUCUGUUUCAACAGGCUCGAUGAAAAGGAUGAGGCCUUGGAUGAGCAAACCCCACCAGAAAUGACUCUUCCCCCUGAGCUGCACCUCACUGACUCUGAACAGUCACCACCACCACCUUCGCCACUGCCGGCUCAGGAACCCGGGCUGCCCCAGCUGCAGAACGUGGUGCAGAUGGUUGUGCACCCAGCCCUGCUUCCCAGCAUGUCCAUAUCCUGCGACCACAACUACACAGUGGAGGACACCGUGCAGCAGAAGAAGAGGAUCCAGCAGCUGGAGGAGCAGGUGGACAAGCUGCGCAAGAAGCUCAAAACCGUGCAGCAGAAAUGCCGGCGCCAAGAACGACAGCUGGAGAAGAUGAAGGCCACGCGGGAGUUCCAGAAGGACAAGGACGCCGGGUCGGGAGAGAGUUACGUCAUCCUGCCCAAGGAGCUCUACGACGUCCUCAAAGGCAUCGAGUCCAUGGACAGCUUGUAGAAGCCCCCCCAGUCAGGAAACACUGAGUCUUGUGUUUCUUUUCCCCCUAUGUUUCCAGCGACACAGCCUGCAGUAAGUCGAGAAGUCCACAAGGGUGGUGUAUUGUGACGCAGUGUCGCAAGGCAUGAUCUCCCCUACAGUAAUGUACCUUGCGGCACAAGAGGACCACAGCAGAGUAGGGAGGUGAUGGCUCUCAAAGGUAUGCGUUGGCCUUCGCUGUGCUGCCAUUUUGUCCCUGACGCUAUAUCAUGUGCACAAAUCACAUCACCAUACAUGGAAAUCCCAUCUCACCCUGACUGGAAGCAUCAACAGUCCCGAGUCUUUCGUUUUCCAAACAACUUUUCGGCGUGCUGUUUGAAGCAGUGUUUUGUUUCGCUUCUAAUUUGUGUUGGGUUGCUUUUUAUAGGAUCUUAUUGAAAUUUGAAGGACUCGGAUUCCCAGAUCUUUUGUAUUUUGUUGCUUUUAUAACAGGGUUAAAUUCCAAUUUUCUUUAUACAGUCCAAAGGAAUAAAACGUCAUUUACUGUACUCGUGAGUUACUGUUGUGCAAAGCAGUGGAAAAUCUAUUAGAAACAGUUUUACUGUAGUAAACAGAUAUUGCAGUAACUUUCCACUUUUGACAGAAAUAUUUGGACGAAUCAGAGUGCAAAGCACUUAAGUGCUAUACUGGUGUGCUGUGGGUUUUUAUGAACUCGCUGUCUUGAUGCUACCUACCUGUGAAUGAGAUAUUACAUUGGACCUGCAAAUGCACGUUUAUUUGCAUACAGUGAAAGACUUUUUUCACAUUUUCAAAGAUUUUUACAUUUUCAACCCUGAUAGUAAAAUUAUACAGUGAUCAUGAUAUUCAUCAUCAUCAUCAUCUUAGGGCUUGGUCCUAAACAAGAUGCUGCACUACAAUUUUUUCGUUACAAUUCAAACGGUAGCCUUUAAACACUUAUUCUAUAUUCUACAUGAUCCCUUGGUGGCUGUAUUAUGUAUCUACCUUUAUUACAAUUUCCCAAAUACUUCGUGAGAAUCAAGUCCUCUGAUAACAUAGAGGUCCCCAGUUGUCUGAGCCAAUUAAACACAGUCAUACUUGAUACCCAGGACAAGCAGUUUUUGUACCUUAUUUCCCUUAUAAGGCAAAUAAUUAAUAUCUGUACAUGUAAAUUCUUUGUUAUCCACUGAAAGUAUAAAUAAAAAGAACCACCCUACCAUG